CGUCAACAUGCCCGUCGCUCCCUCCUGCUGCAAGUGCGGAAGCAUGAUCGUCAUCAGCAACUCGUGCCCGUCCUGCGGCCACCACGAGUGCCGAACCUGCCUCUAAAUCAACAAUUCUCGAGAUGUAAGGCCGUUCAAGAUGAAUCGAAAAGUUUUUCAAUACGACGGUAUCUACAUUGCACCGAGAGAGGCUCCGAAGCUCAACACCCAAGAAAAGGGGAAAAACUUACACCACACACCCACACCAACCAGGCUGGCAAAUGGCCCCCCCACACUACCACCCAAGCCGAUGAAUUCCGAGCUUUCAUCCACCAGACACCUCAAGCUUUUUUCACAACCUCGCAGCCUCGAGGCUUCAACGAAAAAUUUUCGGCGCUACAUCAGCAAACAACCUACACGGCUACUCCGUGUGACUCUACUCCCUUGAUGGAACGGUGGCGACAAUCAACGGGCUGGCUUUUUUGGCGUCUGAAAUUUUACACUUGUUUUUCAAUGAUCAAUACCCCCAUACCCUUGUUUUGAUUGUAUCAAUAUUUUCGCAGUACUGGCGUCGGUGUACGAGAGACGGCGGGCUCCGGAGACGGAAUGCUCGGAGGAAAGCAUACUAAUUUUCUUCACUCGUCUCUGUGCACAAGGAUAUGUGUCACUUCUCCGUAAAACAAAACAAAACUGCCCAAAUACAAAAGAAUAAAAACAUUUGAAAUUCACA